UGGGAGGUUUGGGGGUUCCGUCACUCACACAAAAACAAAGCAAAGAUAACUUAUGACAUCAGGUCACACGAAUUUCAAUUCCUGGAUGGCGGUCCAGAGUUAAUCCCACUUCCAAGCCGGAUUUCUAAAAAGGGGACUGGCUGGCAAAAAGGACGACAACACCGGAAUGAGGAAAUUGACGAGGGGGCAAGCCAUGUGCAAAACAAAGUUGUUCAAUGCUGAUAACCAUACAACCUGAUGAACCGCAGGUCACUCCACUCAAGUCACCCAGAGGCGCUCCGCUUCUCUGUCUCUUCCCUGAGAAGACAGCAGCCUUUCUUUCCAGCAGGUCUCCCGGACUCUCUCCUUGCAUCCAGUGAUGUCUUUUCUCCUCAUCACAGUGUUGUCUUCACUCAUAGUGCGUGAUGCUGUGGCUUGGAGCGCCAAUGUCAAGUACGCGGUGAACUGCCCGGACAGAUGCAACACGGAGCUGUGCGGCGGGACGCAGCGGUGCACACGCACGGUCCUGGAUGACUGCGGCUGUUGCCAGGUCUGUGCAGCCGGCAGAGGGGAGCACUGUUACCGCACGGUGUCGGGGAUGCACGGGGUGAAGUGCGGACCGGGAUUAUUCUGCGAGUUCUACAAGGAUGAGGACGAUUAUGGAGACGAAUAUGGGAUUUGCAGAGACUGUCUGUAUGGAACCUAUGGGAUUGAGUGCCGCAAGACGUGCAAUUGCAAAGGUGGCAUAUGUGACAGGGAGAAUGGAGCUUGUCUCACCCUCAAAUUCUUCACCAAAAUUGCCAGCAAGCACAAGACUGAUCCGCCAGCAGGGGGAGAAGUGGGCUCAGGAGAAGUCAGCAAUGCCCAGAACAGAGACCAACACACGGAGAGAUCCACUGCUCCGAAGCGGCUCAACCCUCGCUGACAAGUGCUGACAAACAGACUGAAUCUAUUCAGUGUAAAUGUAGCAUUAACUUAUAAAUGAAGUGAAAGAUAUAUUUUAUUAUGUUAAAAGAUACAGACUUUUUUAUAGCAUUUGGAAGUUUUAUUUGAUUUGCCUGGUCCCUCAUUUGUCUGGACAUCAUCAUCUUUACUAAUAAAAUAUGCAGACUAUGUUAUUCUCUUAAAUUUCUCUUCUUUAUCUUUUUUUUUUUGUAGAGUAAAUUAAUAAAAAAUGAUCCUGUUGUCUGGUCCUAUUAGCUUCAGUGUUGACUGAUUCUCUCAUUUAGUGUGCCUUCAUACAUUAUUGAUUAGAAAAUGAGAGUAAAUGUCAUGAGAAAGAACUUUAUGCAUUUAUUUUCAUGUAGGAUGCAGCAAUAUUUUUCAUUGAUUUUUCAUUGUAGUCCAUUCAAUAUUUUGAAAUUCUCCAGAAUGAUAUUUUAUUUGUACUGUAUAUAUGAAAAUCAGACGUGGAAAACAUCAUGUAUAUGACACCAGCCAAUGUAAAGAAUGCUCUUACAAUUAA